CAGGAUGUGGAUGUGUGCAGCACUCUGCUCUGCUCUGUUUGUGGGGCUCAGUAUGCAGGGAGGGGAUGCAGCAGCCACCAGUGACUCUUUCCCCCCAACUCUUCAUCCAUCUGCCCGCCUUCCAUCCAUGCUUCCCAUAAACUUGACACCCUCCCGCGACUCCUCACCUGUCUCCCUCCCCUCCUUCUCUUUUGUAGCGGUUCCUCAGUGCAGACCGGGAGCCGUCCUACCUCCAGCAGCAGUGCAGAAUGUGAGGGAAGCAGUCAGGUCUUCAGGAUGGUAGCAGGGUGUGUGGGCGUGUCUGAGGACAGCAGCAGCAGACAGCAUCAGCCAUGGAGGUGGAGGGCACUACAGAGCCAGCCUUCGUGGAUGUGGACCAAGGCCUGACUCUGGCCUGCAUCGCCUUUCUCUGCCUGCUGCUGGUGGCCAUGAUCAUUCGAUGCGCAAAGGUGAUCAUGGACCCCUACAGUGCUAUCCCUACCUCCACAUGGGAGGAACAGCACCUGGAUGACUGAUACACUCAAGCAUACACAUGCAUAACAUGUAUGUGUUCCUCUGGGCAAUGAUACAUGACAAAUCAGCAAAGUCUCCAUGCAGAAAAGGAGGAUUCUUCAAAGGUAGUGAAGUGAUGCCUCUGUGUGAAAACUAUAUGACUCCAUAAUUACAUAUUUCAUUUCCAAAAUUAAAAAAAAUGAACAAAAUAAAUUUUAAGUAUUUUUCUUUUAAUAAUACCAAUUUAAAGGAUUUCAGUUAUUCUGAAAUGAUAAAGGCGGCGCUCAAGAGUAAUCAUAUUUUCCUGGCAAAUAACAUCUUUUACUUGAACACUUUCUGGUUCUGCUGUGUUUUGAGGCCCUGAACCAUUUCCUGAUACUUUCCGAAACUGUUUUUAUGUCAGUACAUGUUCUGAAAGACAUUUUUAUAAUACCACAGAGCACUCUGCAUUGGUAACGGUAGAAAAACCCUCUCUGGUACUAUACAGAUCAUUCUGGGUCAGACAUAUACAUACAACCAGACAUGAACAUGAAAACCCCAAACCUGGUUUGAUGUAUAUUUGAUGGACAAAAUGUCAAGAUUUUGUCCACACAUGGAGUCACUAUGAAGAGAAAAAAGGGGAGCUGCAGUUCUACCAACAAAGCCAUUGAUGGAGUGACAUUAUUACAUCUAGAGAGUAAAGCACAUAAGCUUGGCUUUUUGUAUCUACCUAGAGAUGUCUUCAGGAGCCCCAGGGCUGCCUUACAUUCCUGUUGGAAAAAAAAAAACAUAAUCAGUAAUGGUAAUUGGGCG